AUGGAGUACCGCAGAGUCGGAAGGGGUGGUGCUGGCAACUACUACUCCAAGCAAGAAGUCGAGAAAGCCUCAAAAACAGAGGCGCAAAAUGAUGAUAUCGAAGCUCAAAGGCCGUCUCAAAUUGAUAGCUUAAACCAAAGCAGCAACCCACAAUCCAAAUACGCCACAUAUGGGCGGGGAGGAGCUGGCAACUGGGUUGAAACAAGUGACCGCGCAUCAGCGGCAACCCAGAUCCUGGGUGAAGAUCCAGUCCUGGACGAGAGAAGCACUCCAACAAGGGGCUACUCUGGGAGAGGUGGGGCGGGCAACUUUAGGGAUAGCACUGUCAUCGAAGGAAGACAACCGCAGGACAGAGAACUUCAAGAGAUGAAACGGACAGACAGCUUUCAAGACGUUGAAGCUGGCUUACAAGCCCCGCAACAAGCGCACUUGGGAGGCGAAAAGCUCAAGAGAGGUUCGUGA